AUUCAGCUCUGCAGCAGGACGCGAACCAAGAGGUUGCCCUUGUCUGUGCCUCCCUCUCUCAGCCUCGGGGACGGAAGUUGCCUUUCUAGUUGUUCGCUGGGUGCCAGGCAGGAGCCAGCAAUAACUUUUCUCUCCGCGCUCACCCUCUUUUUAGGCGCCCCGCGCUCGCACGGAUGAGAAGGCAGGAAAGUCGGAGCUCGGCUGGAGUGGGAGCCCGGCGUGAAUGAAGGGCCGCGCGCCAACCAAUCGGCCCAGCAGACGCCCGCCAUCUGCCUCCAAACUUCUCUCCCACCGCCAGCUGCAACUUGAGCGAGCUGAGCAGUUUCAUUCAAGGCAGCGCUAGAACCUGUUUUCAAGUUAUCCAUGGAGACCGCGGUUCUUCAGUCCGGGGACUACAAGCCCGCCAGCGGGCAAAAAAUCAAGGCUCAUGCUCCCCCACCACCAAACCAACCUCUCAUCAAUGAUAAUAAUGAAUGUAAAGGAACCCCAGCCCUGGGAAUGCUGCCAGAUCAGAGUAUGUUAAAUAUGAAGGAAAAUCUGAUUAACAGUACAGUGGACUUUAUAGUAGUUUUUCCAGAUGGAGAAGAACAGAAAAAUACUGUACAUGGGAGUAAAGCUGUGAUGGACCUAUUAGUAGACUUGUGCAGCCAGUACCACCUAAAUCCAGCCCAUUAUACUCUUGAGUUGCAGUCUUGGGGGACCCAUCAACCUUUGAGUUACAAGCCAAAUACUUUGAUUGGGGCGCUAGAUGUACAGAAGAUACUUCUAAAAGUGAAGGUUCCUGAAGAAAAAACUAAGCGGCCUCCACCAAAGAUUCCUGAGAAAACUGUGAGACUUGUAGUAAAUUAUUUGAAGACACAAAAAACAGUCGUUCGAGUGAAUCCUGAAGUUCCUCUCCAGAGUAUAAUCCCAGUCAUUUGUGAAAAGUGUGAAGUUAGUCAGGAAUGCCUUGUUCUCUUAAGAGAUACUUAUACUGGAGAAAAACUGGAAUUGACAAAAUCACUGAAUGAACUUGGGAUAAAGGAGCUUUAUGCCUGGAACAAGAAAAGGGCUCUUCCAUCAAAAACCCAGUCUGAACCUUCUUUGAACUACAGAGAAAGAAGAAAUACUUCAACUGGUUGUGACACAUCAGAAAAGGAAAAGAAACGAUUUCUUGGAUUUUUCAAGACAAGUAAGAAAAACAGCAAGGCAGAAGAGUCCUCAAGAACAAGCUUAGACUGGGAUGGUGGAGAACCUUUAAAAUCCAUAACAUCUAGUAAACAGAGCCUUGAUGGAGCAGUGGCAACUUCAGAUUCUUCAGGAAAUUUAUGUUCUGUUGUGGUGGCACCAUCGUUAUCUCUUGGGAACAUUUCAGGAAUAACUGCAAGCACUGAAAUAAAGAAGCGGAGAGCACCUCCUCUACCAGUAAUUGCACCCUUUCCAGGUGGGGAGGCUGAUGGAGAAGAAAAAACUCCAAGUCCGAUGUCCCAAAGUUCAUUGCAACAUGAGCAAAAAAAGAAAAAGAGACGUGCUCCUCCUCCACCAACUCCUGUGAUGCCAAACAGAUCUGAUGAAAUUGGAGAUAAAAGACAAAGUACAAUUGGUAAUGGACGGCAAGUGCCUCAAAAGCCUCCUAGAGGCAACACACGUGGUCCACCCCAGUUAGUGAUUCCCCCACCCCCACCAUACCCUCCUCCCGACAAAGAUACUAUGGACCCACCUGUAUUGUACAGUGAAGCAGAUGUUACAGACCCAACCCAGCUGGUAUCCAAAAGGAACCUUCAACUUACUCCUCGUCUCGGCAUCACAUGUGAUAUGGAGCUUGAACUGAACAAUAUAGAAGAAACCAUCUCUUUUAGCAGUUCUGUGUCAGAGGGCAAUAUAGAUGAUUCAGAAGUUAUUAAUUUACCCUCUGAUACUGUAUCACUGGAUUUUCAAAAUGAUGGUAUCAGUUCAAGAGACAAAUCCAUUGGUGUAGAGGACACCUUGGCUGAAAUAGAUUCCAUGUUGGUUGCAGAAGUAUGUUCUGCUCCCUUUAACAGUGAUGAAUCUGAGAAUAUUCAACAAAGGGCUGAUGGCAGAAUGAUCGAAGCUAAAUUUGAGAAUACUGAUAUGUUUAUGGUUACUCAAGUGCAAAAGGCUCAGCCUGCACUGGACAAAAGCCUAGCAGUGAUGGAAAAUAUACAUAAUGAUUCUAAAAGCCAGUCUGUUCUCAUUGAGAUGAACGGUACAUCCAGCCCUCUUCCAGAAAAUGCUGAGACUCCUUGUGAUGCUUCAUUUCCUGUGCCAGUGACAAUCAUUGAUGAAGUUCCAGAAAAUUAUAUCACCACCCAUUCCAAUACAGAAGAAGAAAAUAUUUUGUUUUCCAAGAUAGAGACUAGUGAAAAUAUUCCAGUUCAACUGACUGAUCUAGGUAAAUUGAUUAACAAGAACAUUAAUAUUGAAUCUGUCAGUAAGGACUAUGUGGGAACAUCUUCCUGUUUACCGGAGAACUUGUCACAAAAAUCUUCUACAGAAGAGUUUUUGGACCAAACUGAAGAGCAGCAAUCUGAGUUUGCAAUAUAUACUUUCUCAAAUGAAAAACAGAACAAGAAAAAUGCAAUGCGGAAAAGCAUCUCCAAAAAUUGCAUUGAUUUGGAGAAACCCAAUGCUCAAGGGAGUGCUUAUAACUUUAAAUUGUUGAACAAAGUUAAUGGCAUACCUGACGAAGCAAGGCCACUGAAUAAAAAGGAUAACAAUGAUGAACUUAAUAAAUCUGCAUUAGAAUUUAAGCAUGCAUCAGCAAAAAUCCCUGAUGAGAAAGAAUCUGACCCAACGCAAUCACCAUGGCAUCAUUGUGUUAACAAUGGAAUUGAAAACUCUGGGCCAAAAACUGGCCUGACAACUUUUAAAGUAGUUCCUCCCAAACCCAAAGUAAAAUAUUUUGACCGAGAUGUCUCUCUGUGCACAGGUGCCAUUAGAAUAGAUGAGUUGGGUAACCUAGUGACUCCAAAUAGUGGUGGUAUUAGAAAAAUUACAGUAAAUAUGACCUCAAAAGAAGCUCUUAUUGGCAGAACUAAAGAAUAUAAGAAGUUAAAUUCUAUGGAAAAGCAAUCUGAACAACCUCCAACAGGCCAUUCUGUUGAACCAGAGAUCACUGUUAAUUUCAAACAACUCAAUAAAAAGUCCAGAACCAGGCCUGAUUGUAUUAGGAGUCUGAAAGCAGGAACAUUGCCAAUAGUUGGUUCCAGUGCUGAAAAUAUUGUUGGACCAGAUGAAAUAAAGCUUCCUACUAAUACCUCAGGGAAAACUGUCUUGGCACCAGUGAUCAAAAGGAAGGAUCUCCUGUUUCAGAUGCCCCAAAGAGAAAUAUCAAAUCAUCAUUUAGCCACAGCUGUUGCCAAUUGCAAUGACCUAACCCAGUUUAAAAUCAGCCAAGAAAGCCAGAAUGAAGAACAGCUAUAUAAAGUAAAAGGGGUGAAAACUGAAAUUCAGCCACUUUCUAAAGGAUAUACUGUUGUGACCAAAUACUGUCCAGUGGAAACAGAGCUGGCAAAAACAAAGGAACUGUAUUCAACUACCUUCAGUUGCAGUAAAAAUGUGUCAAAUACCCAGCUAUGUUGUGCUGAUUCUAGGUUGUCAAAUAUUAAGACACUGAAUCAAAACAAACCUACUAAUGGCGUUAGUGGGUCAUAUACUAUAAUAACUUACAAUAAAAACAGCCUCAUAGAACAGGAGAUCAACCAUGGUUCAAUACAAGAUGUAGCAGAUAGAGAAAUGAGUUCAGUAGUGAUGAAAAAGCCAGUUGAUCAGGUUAGUGUUCCCUUUUUUCUUAGCAAAUCUAAUGCUGACUCAUCAGCCACAGUAUUUAGCUCCCCUGUGAAAUCAAGCAAUGUACCAUCAACAUUUAUGGUUAACAAAAUGACUUCAGAAAAAGAUAAGAAACUUGGCAAUGCAGAGAAUGAACUGUGUUCUAACAUCAUAGAUGACAACAUCUACAAUAUUUUUGGGCCAAAGAAGAAGUUUAAAUCAGUCAUCCAGAAGCCACUUCCAAAAGAUACAUCACUACACAGUGCUUUAAUGGAAGCCAUUCAGACUGCAGGAGGAAGAGACAAGCUUCAAAAGAUUUCACACAGUACUAUAAAUGGAACUCAGAAAAAGUCAAAAUUCAUGGAAACAGAGACUGAGCGCUCAGCUCUUUUGGCAGCCAUUAGAGGGCACAGUGGAAUCUCAAUGCUGAGAAAGAUUUCUUCAUCUGCUUCUGAUGAGCUGCAGAGAUUCCGAAAUGCAGAAGUAGCUUUGGAAAAUAGCAGCAUUUCUACAGAUGAGCAGCAACAUAGUCCUCCCCCACCUCCUUUGCCAUUACCUCCUGCACAGUUGGGAAUGGAAACACCCAGGUCUUUUGCGAGGAUGAUAGACAGCCCAGAGAAUUCAAGGCAGGCCUUAAUGGAAGCAAUCCGCUCAGGAGCUGGGGCAGCACGUUUAAGAAGGGUUCCUCUGUUUGUGUGAAAAUUAGAUACCUGUUCUACAACUCUGCAAGCACUGUGAUAGAUUAAAAUGGUCACCCAUAAUAAAAAGAAUCCGAGUAUCUUUCCAAGUCAUUUACAAGCCACAUUAAAUGUCUGUGUGCUCCUCUUGAUUCAGCUUAUGUGCCAAGGAUCUGGGGGCUGCCUGUUUCCAGAGUUACACCAAGCCAAAACUGUUCUUAAUGGCAAAUUACCAAAUUCAUGAACUUUUAAUAGUCACUAAGAACAUUUUUAGUCCUGCAGUAACAUUUAAAUAUAUUUAUGGGGAAAGUCAAAUACUUUUUGUUAAGUACCUGAAGCACAUCAUUCUUUUGUUCAUUAAGUGAUUUAAAAUGUGUAGCUGUUUCAAACCAUUUAUUUGAAUCUUUUUCUCUCUUUUAAAAUGUAAAAGUAUUUAGGAAUGCAACAAGUACAACCCAGAGGAUUCUUUUGUAGCUCCCAGAUUCUACAAGAGGAAGGGGCCAAACUUUUCACCCAGCCUCUUUUUGUUUUUUGUCGGUUUUUUUUUUUACAUUUGGGAUUAAAGGGCAAAAGGGGUGCCUUAAUCUUUGUUGUGGCUUAAGUUGCCUAUUUCUCUGCUGGUCUAUGACUGAAUAAAAAUUGAUUUGAUUUGAUUUGAAGUCACCUAUUUCACCUCUUAAAACUCCUAAAACCUUUCCCGAAAACAAGAUUGGGUUCAUCUCCUUUGGAAUGAGGCUCUCAACAUGCUGCACAAGCCUGGUGCAGCCCUUGAGCCAAGAGAUUGUACAAUCCUGCUAUAGAUAUUUUAAAAUAAACUGAAAGAAGUGAUUAUGGUAGAAACUGAAUGGCUUAGAAUGUCUUGUGCUGAAAUUGCCACUUACUAGAGUCAAUGAAUUUGCAAUAUUCCAGCUAUGCAACUAAUUACUACAGAUCUGGAGAAGAAUACAUUCGAUAGACUAUCUUAGGAGACAUGAAAUACUACUAUCUACAGAUAUGCUGAACUUGGAGGAAAAAUGAUGCUAGCCUGCAUGCUUAUGGCAGAGUCCACCAAGAAUAGCUUCUGCAAGCAUACAUACUGGACUUAAUGAGAACAUAGGAGUGCCCUUUCACAAUUCCCAACAAUAUGGCUCGCACAAAGAGAAUAUCUUGGAGGAUUAAGCUCCAAAUCAGAAAUCUAAUCAAAAGGGCUUCUUCUAUUGCUUUCCAAGGCUGGCUGGCUGCUGUCAGUGGGUCAGGGUUCCAGAUGCUUUGAGCGAGCUCAUAUAUAUCUGUUAGAAAUACACUGUUCUCAUGGAUACACCCUUAACAUGUUUCAUCGGUAUGAAAAAGAAGCAAGCUGCUACUGAUCAUGUACAGCUUGGGAAAAUCUGCCAUUAAAUAAAAUUAACGUAAUUAUGAUCUUGUACUGAAGAUAACUUAAACCAUAAUCAUUAUAUAUGUUUAGUUUAAUAAUCAUGGUGACACUGCACAUGGUCAGAAAGGGCUUUCAGUGUUUUACUGCUAGAUUACAUAAUCUUGAUGUUCUUUAAAAGAAUACUACUAGUCACCUGCAAUCCAGGGACUAUAUGUAAUAUACUGUAAAAUACUAAUUUAAUUUAGUGCCACAAAUAAAACAGUCACAAGGCU